AUGGUCUUAUUCCGCGAUUGUAGCGCAGUCUUAGACACCAUGGUUUCCGUUAGUAGCACUUUUCAGUGCAAACGGUUUCUCUCUCCGCACAAUGCUCCCCUCGCUUGCAGCACAGUCAGCUACAGUCACCGUCUUUCGCGGCACGAGACUCCAUAUGUGACAACCAGUUGGCUGCAUUCCCAAGCCACAACUGGUGCUCGUAGAUUAAGUUGUAAGUCGACACAAUACAAGCCAUCUCCUUCGAUUCGCAACACUACUGGUAACGCGACGUCCAAUAAAGCGAUUUUGAGUGGCAGCAGGAUUGAUACGAACAGUCACGUGCGUAGUAAGACAUCAUUUACUAACGGGGCGGCUUCUAGCGAGCGUGUCAGUCAGGGAGCUAUUUCAACGACCAGUAGUAAUAGCAAUAGUCAUAGAACCGGCGCCGACGGCGCUAGCGCGAUGCGCGGGGAUGGCACGCGCGUGAAAGCCGCAGCGAGCGACGCGACUGGCGGCGACGCGGCGGCUGACGGUCAGGUGUUCGCCGUGACUGGCGCUACAGGAUUCCUGGGCUCGCAUCUCCUGCAGCAGCUGCUAGCAGCGGGCCACACAGUCAGGUGCCUCUGCAGGCAACCCAACACCCUGCCACCCCACCCCAAAGUUGAGGUGGUGAUAGGAUCUCUCUCAGACCCCUCCUCCCUCGAUAACCUCCUCCAAGGCACAUCAGGUCUCUUCCACCUAGCAGGAAUCGUCAUCCACUCACGCGCUGCCACGUCAGCACCACCACCGCCACCACAACAAAACCCUGACCCCACUUCUCCCCCUCAACCGAACUCCACCGCACAGAACCCCUCCCUCGACCAAACCACCGUCGACGGCACAUUAGCCGUGCUCGAAGCGGCUCUUAAAGCCGGGGUAAAGCGGGUCGUCUACGCAUCCACGUCAGGGACUGUGGGUGCUUUCAAAGAGCCCCGAUUUGUGGCGAGUGAUAGUUCGCCGUACGCGAGGGAGGUGGUGGGGGGGUGGCCGUAUUACCGGGCGAAGAUCGAGGCAGAGGAGAGGGCGAGGGGGUAUGCGGAGCAGCAUGGGUUGGAGCUCGUUUGUAUGCGACCCACUCUCAUUCUGGGACCAGGCGACUACCGCCUCAGCUCGUGCCGCACAGUGCUGGAUAUCAUGGAGCGCCGCAUCCCCUUUGUGCCACGUGGCGGCCUCUCAUUCGUCGACGUGCGGGACGUGGCCUCUGCUUUCAUCGCUGCCAUGCAGUGCCCCUCUCCCAACCCCACCUACCUCCUCGGAGCUGUCAACAUGACCUUAUCUGAUUACUUCCAGCUCAUCGCACGCUGUGCUGACGUGGCGCCGCCGUGGCUGUCCGUGCCGCCACGUGUCGCAUGGGUAUUGGCUGCCACCGCGUCGAAACUCCUGCCUCUGAUUGGCCGGAAGGACCCGUCGCUUGACCCUGUGGUCGUUGAAAUGGCACAGGUCUACUGGUACAUUGACUGGAGCUGGGCAACAAAGGAGCUUGGGUUCACCCCUCGGCCAUACGAAACAACAGUGGCUGAUACAGUGGCAUGGCUAAAAGAGCACCGGGAACAGUUGAGGGACUAA